GAAGAAAAACAGCAACACAACCUCUUGUUAGAACUCCGCGAAGCGACCCAUGAUCUUCGCUUACAAAAUAUCAUCAAAAUUGUUUAGUGGAAAGGUGGUGAGAAGGAAAUCAUAUACAACUGGUAAAAUUGUUUGAUUUAGCUUCAAAUACUCAGAAGUAAAAUGGUGACAAAUGUAUGCCAGAGAGUAAAGAAAAUUGAGGGGAGAUCUUAGGCGUCGAAGAGAUAAAGUGUGCGUAUUUACUUUCAGGGUUGAGUGUCACGACAAAAUCAGCAAUUUUGUGCGCAGAAAUCGCCGUGGUCUUAAAGAUAUCCACAAAUCUCCAACGAAAACUACCAAAUUCUCCAAGCUUGUAACUUUAGCGAAAGAAUGCUUUACAGUGACUAGGUAGCUGCUUCCUUCAAACGAUGAUCUCAUCCCCAUAGUACCUGUUAGUUUCAAUAAAUUGUCAUGCCCAUUGAGCAUGCAUUGUGUUUCUUCAUAACAACCUGUCAGUUGUCACUCCAGAACGGCUUUUGGCUAGGAAAAUCCCUCGCUCCGUCAGGAAAGGGGCGGACAGUUCUUACCAAUAAAGUCCUCGCUAUGCUUUGCUUGUUAAAGUUGUUCAGUGACUUAAAGAUUCCUGUUAGGCUCCUUUGAUUCAAAGUGAGGGGUAAAGCUCUUCCAAGGAACCUAAACACAAACCACACCUCGACGUUUGUAACCAGCACAACGUUUAUGUCGUGGGUUACAACAUUCGAACACAACGGUGGAGUGCAAGAAGGCUACUUUGGCCCUGGUAUGGGGUCAUGUUCUGAUUAGUCUCGCCUCGAUCUUGAUUUCUGAAGCGGUAAUCACGGGUGGAGGAAUUCUGGGAUGCAAGCCAUGCGCAAUAGAUGACUGCAAAAACGAAACAAACUGUCCUCUUGGUUUCGUUAUGGAUGUCUGUAAUUGUUGUACCAAAUGUCUUCGGGUUAACGGUCAGACUUGUGGUGGCAAGGGUUAUGUCGUCGGCCGCUGUGCAAAGGGAUUAAAAUGCAAUUUAGCUAGUGCUUCUUAUCAGCAUCCUGUAGGAAUUUGCAUCUCACUUAUCAAACCCACUUCUCGACCAGCUCAAAAACUCUUAAUAGACAGGCCUAUUAACGGCGGGGAAAAUUUUCCUCGACAAGACAUUCCAGGUAGUAAUCACCGAAAAGAGGGGAACGAUUUACCAGGUGAUGAUGCGAAAUAUUACGUUCACCCAAACGGAAUGUGGAGUAUACACACUGUUAAAAUUCAAGAUGAUAUUGCAGCGAGUAAAGUGGAACCCAAUGCGAUGAAUUCAACAGGGAACAAAACACAUGAUCAGGCACUGCACAAGAAAUCCACCAAAGCUUCGGUACAAGAUUCGAUUCCAGAUGUCACUCCAGCGGUGAUUUUCGUGGCUGCAAGUGGAGCCAUAUUUUUAUGUCUAAUUGGUCUGCUAUUUCUCCCCAUUGCGCGAAAAAGAGGAAACGCGCAAACCUCGCAAACAAAUUUACAAUGAAAAGGAAUGCUGAAUUUAGCAAUUUUGUAGCCUAAACAAGUCAUUCAAAUGUUUUUAACAACAAGGUGCACGUGAUAGUCGCAAGGGCAAUAGCAAAAAGCCCUUCAGAAACAUCUAUUCAUCUGAAUUUCGCCUUCAAGCUUAGAUGACUAGUGGAAGGACCUCAUCCCUGUCGAUCUAGUUCUGUUCAAAACAGUCUUAAUAUUUCAAUGUAAAUUUGUCAAAUGAUGAGUCCCAUGUUAUCCGGUCCGAAGUUACCUUCAGAGUUUCAAAAAAGAAACCAAAAACAAUCCUAUGCGCUCGUCCCGAAUUUUAGUAAGUCCCAAAGCGCUAGUUUUCAUUUCUUCAUUCGUUUGAUUGAGUGAAUUUCCUGGACCCUAUUUGUAUGUAGAAUUGAAGCGUCAAGCCUUGAGAAUGAAUAAAUACAGAAGUCACGUGAA